UGCACGACUGAUCUUGGCCAGAUCUUGACCCAUUAACACGGGAACCGAUGUCAGAUCGCAGUGUCGCUUAAUAUAUUUUUAGCUGGUAGGCGGGAGCGGGGUUUUCGUUGAGUGAAGCCGUGAGCGGUACGUCAAACGCCGUUCGCGGAGCAAUCGGCAGGCUCGCCGCGCGCUCGGGUAAUGCACACUGUAAAAUGACAACUCGAGGGAUUAGACGGAAGAAAUCGUCGCUGUCCGAAGUGAAAGUGGCAGUAAUCGGUGCUCCAUCAGUCGGCAAAAGUGCACUGACAGUACGAUUUCUGACAAAAAGAUACAUCGGGGAGUAUGACCAUCAACAGGAGAGUAAAUACAAGCACGAAGCGAUGUUAGACGGGGAACCAAUACUUUUCGAAAUCUUAGACACAUGUCCUAAGAGCAUAGAAGACCUUCCAGGAAAUGAUAUAGCGCAAUGGGCUGAUGGCCUGUUCCUUGUAUAUUCAAUAACGGACAGGGAUUCAUUUAAUUAUGUCCGACGGGCCAAGCAGAGCUUGCAGCCCGAAGUACCGCUCACUCUCGUCGGCAAUAAGGCAGACAUGGUGCAUUUGAGACAGGUGAGUCCAGAAGAAGGGGAAAUAUUAGCUAAGGAUUUUGAAUGUAGCUUCGCGGAAGUUGCAGCAGCAGAGCAAGUGAAUCAAGUCGGCGAAGUGUUCCACGAUCUUUGUCGAGAAGUACUGACUCACAGAAAAAGAGCUAAACAUAGUCUCUUAGACAGGAUGUUGGGCUCUAAAACGGCAUAUAGAGUCUAUUCGAGAGGGAAAAGUGACAGCGCUUUACCCAAAGACUAAAUAUAAUAAUUUAGUUUCAGCAUUUAGUUUGUAUUCUUAUACUUAUAUGUAAGCAUAAUAAAUGUAUUUUUUGUUUAAAUAUAAA